AUGUAAAUGAGUUAAAACAGUAGUGUAUGUUUAUGUAGUACAAAAGAUUGAAAAAGACCAGCUUGGCAGAAGUCCAUUAGUAAUUGGGAUAAUGGUCUCUAUUUUGCUUACAAAAGGCCAACUCAACAAACUAUAUAUGGCUCCUCAACCACUCAUCCAAGUUAAGAACUACCAGUCUAAAUUUCUCAACCACCAGAUUAAUCAAUAUCACAUACCCAUCAUAUCCACACCUUAUUAAAUACUCAUCUACUGCAUAGACCUUCCUGACCUGAUCCAAAACAAACGGCAGUCUUUCUUGAAGGAAUGAAAUGGGAGACUCACUAGAUCACACUUCAAAUGAUACUACUAGUGAUGAUUCUAAAGAUGUAAAAAGUCAAGAUUCUAGACCAGAUUUCUCUGAGGACGAGGAGAGUCUUAUAGCUAGAAUGUUUAGAUUGGUUGGAGAAAGGUGGUCACUAAUUGCUGGGAGAAUACCAGGAAGAACAGCAGAAGAGAUAGAGAAGUACUGGACUUCAAAAUACAGCUCUUCAAGUGAAAGAUGAAUUUCAAUAACCUUGAACCUGAUGUUGCAGAAAGUUUGAUAAAUGGGUUUUGGUUUUUAUUUUUCUGAAACUGUUUAAGAUGGUGUGGUGGUGUAACAUUUCACAUUUUCAUGUUCUUGAAGCUUUCUGAAACUUAGUAAUGGAUUGCUGUUGAAGAUGAUAAAUUCAAGUUUCUUUAUUUUGGAGUA